CCAGACUUCCCCGGAGUGGGAGAACAGCCGCCUGCAAUGCAUGUUUCUUCCAUCCCUUCCUGCUUUUUAAAGUUCUGUUAGGAGCCGUCAGUCAUCGCUUGCAGACAAUGGAGGAGCUCUCAAGGCAGAAGUCGGAGGGGAUCAUGUCUCUGCUGGGUAGCGGCCAGUUGAAUGGUCAGACGAAAAACAGUUCAUUCAGCGGCUCAUUAGAUGAAACAGAAUGUCACCAGUCUAAAGAGAACCUGUCUAAUGGAAACAUCCCACCUAAAGCUGUACGGAAUAUUCCUCGGAGACACACAGUAGGUGGGCCCCGCAGUUCAAAAGAAAUCCUGGGAAUGCAGACCUCCGACAUGGAUCGCAAGAGGGAGGCCUUUCUGGAGCACCUGAAAUACAAAUACCCUCAUCAUGCCACAGCAAUAAUGGGUCACCAGGAGCGCCUAAGAGAACAGGCUGCACAGUGUAUGCUGGCCUCCUUCUAUUCAGAACUUGACAUUCAAAGGUACUUGAUGAAAAUUGAAUCCUCUCGGAGAACAAAAAGCCCGAAGCUGUCCUCCAGCCCGCAGUCAAGCCUGGGAGAUCCGGCUGAACACAACCUCUCUGAACCAUUGCUGGACUCAGGAGACGCCAUGUUUGAAGGGGAAUCCACAUUGCCUUUUAUCAGAGGCAGCCGGACAAGGGCCAGCCUCCCCGUCGUCAGAUCCACCAAUCAGACGAAAGAGCGAUCUCUAGGUGUGCUCUUUCUGCAAUAUGGGGAGGACACCAAAAAGCUGCAGAUGCCGAAUGAAAUAACCGGUGUAGACACCAUACGUGCCCUGUUCGUAAGUGCCUUCCCUCAGCAGCUUACAAUGAAGGUACUGGAGUCCCCCAGCACAGCCAUAUAUAUCAAAGACGACGGCAGAAAUAUCUAUUACGAAUUAAGUGAUGUCAGGAAUAUUCAAGACAGAUCUUUCCUCAAAGUUUACCACAAAGAUCCGGCUCAAGCAUUCAACCACACGCCCCGGGCGGUCAAUGGAGACGUAAGAAUGCAAAGAGAUAUUGCAUACUCCGUUCGAGAGGGCCCAGCAGUCCACCGACCUGGGUCAGCAACAUAUCCCUCUCAUGGAGGCCCGAUAUCUCCACCUCCCACUCCUGUGCCGCAUUCAAUGCCACCAUCUCCGUCAAGGAUUCCCUAUGGAGGACGACCUCUGGUGGGGCAGAGCAACACCACGAUACAAAGAGAAAGGAUAUCCAGCUUACCAGUCUCGAGAUCCAUAUCACCAAGUCCUAGUGCCAUCUUGGAAAGGAGGGAUGUGAAACCAGAUGAGGAUCUGGGUGGCAAAAAUGUCCAGUUAAUGCGCAAUGAUGGCAUGUAUGUGGAUCCUUACAUGUAUCAUGAAGGUCGCAUGAGUAUUGCAUCUUCCCAUGGUGGGCACCCAAUGGACAUGCCAGACCACCUUAUUGCUUUCCACAGGGGAGCAAUGAGAUCUUCAAGCACUUACUCAAACUCUUCUAUGCAAAUGGAGAUGAUGGAACAAUCAGUUUAUAGACAAAAGUCUCGGAAACACUCAGACAGUCUUUUGCCAACACUUGGCUCAAAAACUCCUCCAGCCUCUCCUCACAGGGUGACUGAUAUAAGGAUGAUGGAAAUGCACGGUCACAACGCCCACGUGCCUCCCCAUGGUAUACAAAGCGAGAGGUCUUCUCCAAUCCGACAGUCAUUUAAAAAAGAACAAGGACCUGGAGUUUUUGUGGAGGCCAAAGUCCGGAACACAGGUGGAAUAAUAGGCAUGGCUGAUAUUGUACCAUCCCCCACUGAAAAACAAGUAUUCGGUGGAUAUGGAGUUCCUCAUGUAGCACAAAAAGAAAUUUAUACUCGAGACAGAAUGCAUGCCAUGGAGAAACAGAUAGCCAGUCUAACUGGCCUUGUUCAGACCGCACUUAUGAAAGGGCCCAGCCCAAGCAGCAGUAAGGAUGCACCUGGUGAGAAAGUCAUUAAGUCUGCAAGCAGCACUCCUCCCAUCACAGACAGUCCAGUUCAUACUAUAUCCAGUGGAAAGAAUAUAUUAUCCAUUAUUGAAUCUACAGCUGUCAGUCAUGCGCCACCUGCUGGUUCAGAAAUGCAAGUUAGCCUGCACAACAUGCGACGUAAUGUGGCUGAGCUGCGUCUUCAGCUGCAUAAAAUGAAGCAGCUACAGCUGCAGAACCAGGAGAUGGUGCGGGCGAUGAUGAAGAAAGCAGAGCUGGAAAUUAGCAGUAAAGUGACAGACAUAGUCAGGAACCUGGAGGAUCCGGUGCAGCGACAGCGCGUCCUAGUGGAGCAAGAGCGGCAGAAGUACCUCCAGGACGAGGAACAGAUUGUUAUCAAGUUAAGUGACCUGGAGAAUUUUGUAGAGAAGGACUCCGCCUCUAGAGUUGUUACAUUGAAGGACGUUGAGGAUCGAGCGUUUGUGCUGCGCCAGAUUGGAGAAGCAGUGUCUAACUUAAAAGGGGAGUUUCCAUACUUACAGAAUAAGAUGAGAGCGGUGCUGCGGGUGGAGGUGGAGGCAGUAAGAUUCCUCAAAGAAGAACCCCACAAGCUGGACAGCUUAUUAAAGAGGAUCCGAAGCAUGACGGAUGCCCUAUCAUCCUUAAGAAGGCAAGUUAGUGAUGGACCCUCUAAAGUUGUUGACUUUAAUCAGAAUAACCAAUUUAUUAUCACCGAGAAAGUUACAGAAACAGAUAUUACCCAACACAGAGAAGAAAAAAGUCAUGCCUAUCUUCAGCCAACGCAGACAGAAGCGGUAAACGUGACGGAAUCACAGACGGUGUCUGUAAAGUCCGAGGUGGUGCCUCUGUCCGCUGGGGUCAAAGUUCACCAAGUACAAAGCUCACCUGUCCAUAUGCGGCAAUCUCAACACUCUUCAGCACUGAUUAACCAUGUUCAUAACUCCAUUAAUCAGACGGGUCACGGAACAGAAGUGUCAGCCAACUAUCAUUCAACAAGUUUACCAGCCCAUGCUGCUCAAGAGCUGUCUCCAGCAGUACAGACCACUCAGCAUAAUGGGUCUUCUGCGCAGAGCCUAUUUAUUGAAGAAAUUCAGCAUGUGGCCUACAGGAAUCGAGCAGUCUCUAUAGAGGAAGCAGAGAGAAAGUUUGAAGAGAAAAGACAAAAUCUGGACCAUUAUAAUGGAAAAGAGUUUGAGAAGAUGUUAGAAGAGGCACAGGCCAAUAUCAUGAAGUCCAUCCCCAGCCUAGAGAUACCAGCUCAGUCUCUGAAAGUGGACAGCGGAGAAAAAUUAGAGGUCAUUGAGGGUAACAAAGAAAUUGAGCAAGAAAGCGAUAAAUUAAUCAAAUCACCUCCUCCUCCGCCUCCUCGCCGUAUAUACCCACCAGGGUCCGGAAUGAGCACCUCAUGGGGUUCGGAAUGGAGAGACAGCAAGGAUUCUGAGGAGGUACUUCCAUCCAAGGAAGCAGAAAUUCCCAGAGGUUCCUCAGCAGUGACCACAGUUAUGUCUUCUGCUGUGAAGGAUGAAGAGGAGGAGGAAGGGGAGAGGAUCAUGGCAGAACUUCAGGCUUUCCAGAAGUGUUCGAUAGUGGAAAUUAAUUCAAAGGUGCAGUAUGAGCCCCCUAAAUCAGAAACACAAGAGAGAGAUUUCAAACCACCAGGUUUAGCUCUGCCCAAGGAGAAGAAGGUGUCAUGCACUAUUUCAAAAGAAAGUUUAAGGCCCGAAAGCCCAAAACUUGUUGAAAGUACAGAGGACAAGUGGAGAUUUCACUUUCAAAGUUCUGCACCUGAUUCUGCUAAGCAUAGGCAGGAAAACAAAGUUGUUGUUAAUGAACAGUCUACAUACAGUCUGUUCAUAGGUAGGGAUGAACAUAAAAACAAUGAAGAACAAAAAGAACUCAAAGGAGAAGAACACACCACUAUAAUUAGUUAUCCAAAAAAUCAGGUUUUAAACCAGUUGAGCGCUCCUGUACUUCCAGAAGUGGGUAAUGGAAGAAUAGAACACAAGACAGAGUCUUCAAGGUCAACAAUUGUUAAGGUUUCUAAUGUAGAAAAAGUUUUAGAGAACCAGGAACCUAGCAAAGCUUUGCAAGAACAGGGAAUGCCCUAUUUAGAUUUAGGUCAGAGAGUUGUACUACGACAGAAGAACUCAAGGAGGACUGUCAGCCAACCGUCUGAGGACACAGAUCAUCCCGCAAUAUCCCCCACGUCGCCAAAUGAACCAAAGUCUCCAGCAGAUAACAUUGCCUUUAUGAUAACAAACACGGAAGUUCAGGUCUUGUCUACAGGUGAGGUCCAAGAUAUUGUAAACCGAAAGGGAAGCGAGUUCCAGACAGUCAACCUUGAUCGUGAGAACGUAGAGAAGGUUAACUUGAAUACUUCUACCAAUGCUGGGUCAGAAGAUCCUGUUGUGAGUACAGAUAAGAAGCCAGUCAUUAUUAUAUUUGAUGAGCCAAUGGAUAUUAGGUCUGCUUAUAAAAGGCUUUCAACCAUAUUUGAGGAAGGCGAUGAUGAUUUAGAAAAAAUAAUGUCAGGGGCAACGAUUGAUGAGGAAGAAGAAGAAGAAGAGGAGGAGGAAAAGGAACCUGAUGCACCUGCACCACAGCACAAGGUUGACUUAAAUAAAACAAAAACUACUACAGAAAAUGUCAAGGAUCAGAGCAGAUACAGAUUUAACUAUCCUUCUCUAGCAGAGAUGAAACAGACUAUGUUCAAUGAUGGCACCUCUCAGACAAUACUCACAGAUGAAGACCGGUCUGAUGUCUCUGAUUAUCAGUUUGGUCAGAGACAAGAUGUAAAAAAGAAAUUCAAGUUCAAAUUCCCUAAAAAGCAGCUGGCAGCUUUGACCCAAGCCAUACGUACUGGGACGAAGACUGGCAAAAAAACUUUGCAGGUGGUAGUAUAUGAGGACGAAGAAGAGCUUGAUGGAACAGUAAAGCAACACAAAGAAGCAAAAAGGUUUGAAAUUGCAAGAUCCAGUAGCAAAGAGGAAAAUACAAACCCUGCACUUGAAAAGCUAGAGGUCCACAGCCUUGCAGAAUCAGAUCAAGUGUCCAGAACAGAUGAAAUCAGGCAAAACACUUACAGAACUUUAGAUAGUCUUGAGCAAACCAUCAAGCAGCUGGAAAGCACGAUGAGUGAAAUGACGCCAAGGCCAGGGUCUGAUAUUACUGAAAUAAAAGAAACCAAAACAUUCUCCCAAUCUCCUGUCUUGGCUAAAGAACAUGUGCUUGUGGAGGAAACAAAACUUGUCAUAGAGUCUCCAUCAUCCCUACCCAUUUCAGCACGUAAGGGUUCAAAUGGAGCUCCACAAACCAGCCGAAUGCCAAUACCAAUGUCUUCUAAAAGUAGACAAGGAACCCCGGAAAAAACUAGCAAACAGCCAAAGCUUCAGGAGCCACAACGACAGUACAGACAGGCUAACGGAGGUACUAAGAAAGCUGGUGGGGAUGUUAAGGCUGCUUCCCCUACUUUAUCUACUUCUAAGAUUCCAGCUCUUUCCCUUAACACUGGAAAAAGCAGCUCUGUUCCCGCUCAGUGUAUUGACACCCCUAACUCCCAUAACCCUUUGGUGAAAUCUCACAUCCCAGUAACCAGCUCUAACACUCAGUCCAGUCGUGCUAUUAACUCUUCUUCCCUUAUCCGUCCUGUUCAUAAUGGCACUUCAAAGCUGCAGAGUCCUUCUUAUGCAGGUAAAGGUCACCAUCUCUCAUUUUCACCGCAGAAUGCGAACGGCAGGCCAUCUCCUGCUGCUACUGCUUCCUCCUCCUCUGCUGCUGCCUCUCCCUCUACUUCUGUCUCUCCCACUUCACUGACUCAAGGUAUGAAGAGCAUCCGUACCAUUCACACGCCUAGCUUCACCAGCUACAAGUCACAGAACGGAAUUUCCAGCAAGAUCACCACUCCCAAGGAGGCCUCAUAACUCGUGCUAACCCGCCACUAUCACUGGAUGUGCCACGGUUGCGUCUUCGCGUGCAAUCACACCUUCUUCAGUCUCUCAAAACUUACUGUUCCUGUCUUUGUACAUAGCAGGCCUAUAAAUUCUUGUUGACCCUGUUGCUGUUGUAAUUAUAACAUUGCUCUUGUUUUAUUGGUCUUUAGGGCUGAUUUAUAAGAUCUGGGGUAAGGAACGCGAGUUGCCAAUAUCAAUUAGUCAAGUUGCAGAUACCAUAGUUUCGGUUGGAAUAUGGGAGCACCUAAGCAAAUGAUAGUUCUCAUUUUCCAAAGUAAUGGCUGCUAUUGGCAAUACUUGAUUCGUUCCUCUCCUUAAGCUCUCUUAAAUUGACCUUCUUGUUUUUAUGUAAAUUGAAAGUCUGUGUGUGUGAUUGUAUAUAUUCUAAUACUGUAAGUUCGCAUGUGUGUGUGUGUGUGUAAACUAGGAAGGCUGGAAAAAAUUUAAACUAAAAGGAACUUAGUGUGGAUGCAAAAUAUUUUGUAUAGACUAUUUUUCAUUAUGGAACCUGCCAGAGAUAAAAAAAAAAAAUCUA